UCGCAGCCAACCAAGACCGACCCGCUCAGCACGCGACCGCUCAAGCGGACGCGCCGCGCGCUCUCCCCGACCUCCGCGCAAGCAGCCCAACUGCAAACGCUCUUCGCGCACCCAGAGACGGAGAUCAAGCUGCCGCCGCCGGCGGGCUCGCUGGCGGCGUCGGGGCGCAAGCCGCUGCCGCCGCCGCCGGAGAUCGUGUCGAACGUGCAGGGGUCGUCGGCGGGGGCCGGGUCGGGCGAGUUCCACGUGUACAAGGCGGCGCGGCGGCGCGAGUACGAGCGGCUGCGGCGCAUGGACGAG